ACGUAUAUGUAAGGCUUGAGCAUCCCCUCUUUGUUAUCUUCUCCCAAUUGUGUUAAAUUAAAGAGAUAUAUUUAAGCAAUCCGAUUAGUGGCUCGGAUAACUAUUUUGAUUACAAAUUUCCACAUUCAAUUAGUCAUUAUAUAGGUUUACAAAAUUGUGCCCAAAUAUAAAUAUUAAUUUCAAUUAUAGUUGAUCUUUCCCAGGUGUGAUUAGUAAACACUUAAUUUGGACUAAUUAAAGAAAAAUGACUCUCAGUGUUGAAGAAAUUGAUAAGAAGUACAACGUUAGACCAUUUGUUGAUCCACAACCAACAUCAAUUGAUGUCAAUCCUUUAACUUUGACUGCAAUUGAUUUAUCUCUUUUUAGAGAAGGUGAAGAUGGCUUAGAAAGUAGACAGAAGUUAGCUUCCAUUUUAGAAAGUUCAGUGACAACAUAUGGGUUUUUCAAUAUCAUUAAUUUUGGUAUCGAUAAUGAUCAUAUUGAACAUUUAAGAGCGGUUAGUCAAAGUGUUUUGACUAUUCCUCAUGAAGAGAAAUUGAAGUAUUUAGCUAGUGCAGCAAGAAAAGAGGACGAAAAACCUGGUAACAUUGGUGGUGAAAGAGGUCAAGGAUUCAAACCAAAGGGAUACUGGGCUAUCAAGAAUGGAGUUAGAGACUCAAUUGAUUUUUAUAAUGUUAGAGAUACUUAUCAUGAUGACUUUUUAAAUCAUCCUGAAAGACAUCCUGAAUUACUUCAAGCCCAUUUGAAAGAAAUUGCUGAUUAUUAUAAUUAUUUACAUCGCGUUAUCUUACCACAAAUUUUAAGAUUAUGUGAUUUAAUCCUUAAAAUUCCAGAAGGUAGUUUAUUAAACCAUUAUUUUAAGAAUUCAGGUACUAAUCAAGAUACUUCAGGUAGUCAUGGUAGAUUAAUGCUUUAUCAACCAUAUGAUGAAGAAACCAGUUUAAAAGAAACUGAAAAUAUGUACUUAAGAGGACAUCUGGAUAUCAGUGCUUUAACAUUUAUAACUUCACAACCAAUUUUAAGUUUACAAAUUAAAGAUGUUUACAGUGGUAAUUGGAGGUAUGUUAAUCAUAGACCAAAUUCAUUGAUUGUUAAUAUUGGUGAUGCACUUGAAUUUAUUUCUGGUGGACAUUUCAAAGCUUGUUUACAUAGAGUUGUUCAACCUCCUAGAGAUCAAGUUGGUUUUAAUAGAUUAAUCAUAAUCUAUUUUUGUAAUCCAAGUAAUGAAAGUGAAUUAGAUCCUGAAGUGUUGAAUUCUCCUACCUUGGCUCGUUUAGGCUUAACUAAAGAAGAUAAGUUAAAAGAGUGGCAAAAGAUUCAGUUCCAUGAUUGGAAUGAUACUAAAGGUCAAUUAUUGGGGAGAUCCGAAGCGGGAGAGAGGAAUUUAUUAAAGUUCUAUGGAAGAUUCAUUGAGAGAUGGCAUCAUUUCCCUUUAGAAACAUAAUUAAAUCUAUAAUUACGUUAAAUCCAUUUAUGAUUAAUAAUACAUCGUAAAUUUUGCAGUGCAAUACCAAAGGUACGUAACGAUAAACUAAUAAUGAAAUACGGUCCUCUAUUCUCCUCUGGUAGAUAUAAUCUUUGCAUGUCUUCGCUAUAGAUUUUAAUUUCAAAAAUUAAUAAUUAUCACCGCCUUUUUUUGCGCUUCUGAGAAAGAAAAUGUUUAAUUUCCGUCCAACCGGCGAAGAUUUCCCAAUGGGGAACUUAAACGAACAUCUUAAUUCCUCCUGAGCGGCGUACAGCCGUAAAGCCCUUCAUUGUUGUUUUGAGUUUGGUUGCAACUUUAUUCCAACAUCUUGCAAUUAGUAAUAGAUUUAGUAAUUGUAGAAAGCUUCUGAAUAUGGACUUAGAUCCGUCUGCAAAGGCGGUUCUUAGUU